AUGGAGUUCGUUGAAACUAUACCGGUUACUUUUAAAGAAAUAACACCAAACCAUAAUAUCCCUGAAAAAUGGAAGGAAAUAAUUUUAAAUACAGGGGGAACUCAUAGUACUUUACAAGAUAUAAAAUUGCCUCACAAAGCCGGUGGAUAUUGGUACCGAGACUCGAAAAUAGCAAAUACAAGAAAUAGAUUUAUAUAUUGGCAAACAACAUCAGACUCUAUAGAGUUGUCAGAAGCAUCUCUUGAUGUAAACUUAUCCAGCAGCAACUUAAGAUGCAAAGUGGCUCCAGGAACACCACCUUUGAAUAAUAUAGAAAUCUAUGAAAGGAGUGCAUCACAACAAAUAAUCAUAUUAGCUGCCACAGUAUCAUCAGUGCAUAGAUUAGUAUUUCCUCACCCAGAUGUUCUAGAUAGAAAGUCUACUUUUGGAUCUAUAUGUAGCAUUUCCCCUUCAAUUUUUCAUGAUACUUCUGCAGUAAACAACCCAAAUAACUAUUUUAUAUUGAAUCAAUACUCUAAUACAAGUACAGGAGUUGCACAUUCAUGUGCAUCGUUAUUGCGAGAUAAUGGUGAAGCAGUGUUUGCUUUGGCCUUUGGUUAUGGAGGUGAAGGUGGAUUAUUAUUGGUUAAACUACCAAUUGCUGGUUCAGCUGUCACAAUAAUACUUAAAAGAGAAUCAACUGUUCCCAGAUUUUUGUCUGGAAUUACAGGAGCCUUGAGAGGUAAAGGUGGUGAUGGAGUGGAUACAUAUGGUGUAGUUCUGACAAAUAGUUUAGCUGUGGCUGUUUGUGGAGAUACAUGCCUGAGAGCCUGGCUCUUAGAUGAAGGUGGAGCUCCAACUGCUGUAUCAACACCACUGUCACAAACAUUAGUGCGACCUAAGGCACCUCCUCAUGGUCACAUGCUGCAGUCUACAACUGGAUCAGAUGGGAGCAUUGUAUUGGUGGCUUAUUUAUCAUUUCCCAACGAAUGUGAAUUUGUGGUAAUGAAAAUGCAUGAUGGAGGUGCUGGAGCUGUUAAAUUCUCACAAAUUUGUCACAUUUUUGGACCUCAGUUGGACUUACUAGAUUAUGCCAUUGGUUAUGGUGAUGGUAACCAAGUCAUUUGGGCUCUCUGGACUCAACCAGAUGGAGAUGCUGUUGUGACAAGCAGCGCCCUCGGCGCGGAGGUGAGCUGGCGCGCGGUGGCGGCGCGCGAGCCGCCGCCCGCGCUGCCGCAGCUGUCCUCGCACCAGCAGUACCGGGACCGCCUGCUCGCGCCCGGACUCUUUCCGUCUGCCGUCGUUAAGAAGGCUCUUGUAAUGUACCGGCGCACGUGGGGCGGCGGCGAGGCGGGCGCGGAGGCGGAGCUGGGCGACGCGUGCGCGGCGGCCGUGGCGGCGCGCGUGCGGGCGCUCGGCGCGCGCGCCGACCACGACCACUCGCAUCUCAUGCAUAAAUGUUGGUCAGAUUUGUACAGCUGGUGCUUGCAAUACAUGGAGGGCUUACAGAAGCCGCUGGGUCUUAUGGUUUCUAAACAUUGUGGCGUGGGCGAGGCGGGGUGGUGGUGCGGCGUGCUGCGGCGCUGCGGCGUGUCGCUGGUGCGCCAGCUCGAGCCGCUCGAGCGUGUCAUGCUCUCACCGGAGGACUCCUUACCUGAUGCUAUGGGCGAGGCGGGCGAGCUGUCGGCGGACGCGGUGCGCGUGGUGGUGGCGGGCGCGCGCUGGGAGCGCGGCGCCAGCGCGGCGGCGGCGGCCGAGCUGGAGCGCCGCCUGUUCGCGUGCGCCGCGCCGCAGCACCGCCUGCUGCCGCGCCUGCUGCACCUGCUGGGGGCGCCGCACGACGCGCCCGCGCACGCCGCCCUCGACGCGCCGACUCUCUCACCUGAGCAGAUAGAUGAAAUAACAUCCAUUUUAGAACCCAUCAAAGAUUUGCAAAAUGCUGUCUUGGAGUUAAAUGACGCUUUGAAAUUAGAUGUACCUGAAUUAGACACUUGUAAAAGUGAUGAUGAAGAAACAAGUGAAUACGAUAAUUUGUUUGCCAGUGACUUGGGUGUAGCAAUUGUUACUGAAGCAAUCCGCCAAAUGGCCGAAAUGAGGGCGCGCGUAGUGCGAGGCGCGCUGGCGGCGCUGGGCGCGGCGCGCGGCGCGGGCGGCGUGCCGGGCGCCGGCCACUGCGCCGUGCACUGGCAGGCCUACCGCGCGCUGCUGUGGCUGCGCGCCGCCACCGUACAGCGACCGUCAGCGGGUUCAUCAGAAGCGUUCCGCUUGAAGCUGACGGCGCUGGGCGGAGAGAGCGCGGAGGGCGGCGCGGAGGGCGGCGCGGCGGGCGAGGGCGGCGUGGCGGCGGCCUACGCGGCGGCGGCGGGCGGACGGCGCGCGCGCACGCACCUCGCCGCCGCGCGCGCGCCCACGCACUGGCACCAGGCGCUGCCGCUCAUGGCCUACCAUCUCGCGCACCAACUGUGGGCAGUGAGUGGCGGUUUUGAGUUCGGGUGGUGGUUGGCGUCCAUCAAUCAGCCGCGCCUUGUGCAGAGCUACGUGGCGCUGCUGGAGCCCUGGUGCGAGUGGAACGCUUGCUCACGUCAGUUCAUCCUGGGCCUGGCGCUGUUAGACGUGGGGGAGCCGGAGGGCGCGUACACGGCGUUCUGCCGCGCCGCCAAGGGCGUCAGCACCGAGCCCUUCCUGCGCCACCUGGUGGCCGCGCCCGACGCGCGCCUCACGCAGCACCAGGCUCUUGUGCUAUACUACAUGAAGGUUAUAAAGCUAUUUGAAAUACACGACGCAGGAGCUUGUGUUGUGAGAUUAGCAGAGACUGCGAUAAGUAUCGCCGAUAAAGAUGAUCAGAAUUUGCCGAUGUUCCAGUGGGUGGUGUUCAAGUGGCACCUGUCGGGCGGGCGCGUGUCGCGCGCGCUGUCGGCCGCCGCCGCCAACCCCGCGCCGCACGCGCGCGCCGCCGCCGCCGCGCAGCUGCUCACCACGCUGGCGGAGCGCAAGCAGCUGGGCGCGCUGGUGGCGUGCGGCGCGCUGGCGGGCGAGGCGGAGCGCGCGGCGGCGGCGCGCGCCAAGCUGCACGACGCGCACCCGCACAACCCCUACUACGACUUCCUCUACGCGCUGCAUCUCUCCAGGCAUCACUAUCGCAAAGCGGCGGCCGUGAUGUACGAGCGCGCGGCGCGCUGCGCGUCGGAGCGCGGUGCCGGCGCGGGCGCGGCGCGGCGGCGCUGGCUGGCGGCCGCGCUCACCUGCCUGCGCCUCGCCAGCCCCGACCACGCCUUCCUGGCGCGCCCCGGCGCCGACGCGCUGCAGGUCAUAGGACCAGAGGAGUUAGCUGCAGAACUACGAGAAGAGGUUCCAGAAUCAUUAGAUGCGGUUCAACAAGCCUUAAGAAAAAAUGAAAAUAUAGACUUCGAUAGAUUGUAUCAAAAUUUAAAAGAAGCUGAUGUACAAACAUUAUUAGCAGUCACAAAAAGAGCUAUUAGCACUGGCCAGUUCCUGCCUCACUGGUUUUUACAAAGAUUUAUGGAUGUGGAGGCGAGCACGUGUAUCCGCGCGCUGCUGAGCGGCGGGCGCGCGCUGGAGGCGGGCGAGCUGUGCGGCGCGGCGCUGCGGCGAUGCGGCGUUGCGCUGUGCCCGCCCGCGCCCGCGCCCGCCGCCGCGCCACUCGCGCUCGCCGACCUGCUGCUGCUCGAGCUGGCGCACCACACGCACCACCCGCACGUCAAACAGGUAUAUAACGAGUUAAAGUCACUUGUAGAAGAGUACACAAAAGUUGUGAUGCGCACAUCUGAAGACAUGAAGCUGGCUCAUAUAAAAUAUACUAUUAAAAAU